AUGCGUAAAAAUAACCAUUAUAACCGUAAUUCAUCCAAUGAUAUAUAUUAUCGUCAUGAAUCACGAAAUGAGUCAGUAAAUUCAAGGUAUGAACGAUAUUAUUCUGAUCGUUAUUCAGCCAUGUCACAGUCCGAAACGGCGUGUAGCAGUUGGUUUGAAAAUGAAGAACGUCGUUCAUAUAAUGAACCAUAUUAUCGUCGAACAGCUAAUACCAAUUAUUCAACAAAUGCAUAUUCACAACAACCUUUAGAUCAUUCACAUUCUGAACAGUCUCACCAGGCGCAUACAUCUAAUGUUAAAUGGUCUCAAAGAGGCCUAAAAUACAAUCAUCAAUCCUCAUCAUCAAACUACGAUCAUCAGCCAACAUCAUCUUCAUCAUCAUCAUAUUCAAGAAGCCAUUAUUUUUCACCAGGUUAUUCACCUUCUACACAGACUUCACGGUCGCGUGUAACCAAUGUUGAAGUAAUAGAUGAUAAUAAUGCCAAAAGACUGAAAUCCACCGUCACUGCCAUUAAAAAGGAUCGAACUUCUUCGUAUUCUGAACAGUCAGCAACGGCGAGUGCUAGUAAUAUGAAGGAGGUGAAUAAAGCACCACCAUCACGAUCAACAUCAAAUGAUAAAAAUCAAUUGAAAAGUAAAGGAUCACCUUCAAAAGUAGUGAAACCGAAAUCACAAUUGAUUUCAAAAAUUAUGUUUAUGUCAGAUAGUCUGGGCGCAGGAAUCAGCAAAGUUAUACCAGCCCAAGAUUCUUACGAUUUUCAUCCGGAUGUUCUUAGUGGGAGACGGUGGAGCGGUGGGCAACAGGACUACCUAUCCACUAUAAAAUUUCUUGAAUUAGCAACCACGAAAGAAUUGUUAGAUGAGUCAAUUGCCGUCGUAUUUCUUGUUGUAAUAAAUCAGAUUAGAAACAUGCCAGCAGAACAGGUCAUUAGAGAUGUACAAAGAGUGAUAGAAACGGUAGAACAAAAUCAUCCAAAUAUUGAAUCCAUAGCCGUUGUAGAUUGUAUUACAACAAAAAGAACAACAGCUCGCUAUCCUAAUAUUUCAGACAUCCAAAUGAACAUAAAAGAAUAUAAUGAAUCGUUAUCGACUUUAGCAGAUGAAUUACAAUUUACUUUAAUUCAAUCUGGUAUAACAGUGAAUGAUAUAAAAGAUAAUAAUAUUCACAUCAAAGAAGCAACAAAUGAAUGUUCUGCUACAAUAGUUGAUAAAACUCCCCCUUCUCCAAGUACUCCUCGUUCAGAACAGUCGGAAACGGCGCGUACUACUAACGUGGAAGAAGACAGAGAGGAGGAAAAAAAGGAACUAGAUUCAUCGCCAAAUACAAAUGAAUUUGAUGAUUUCAUUGACAUUAUUGUUUCCUCUAAUGAGUUUGAUGCGGAAAAUAAAAAAGCAGCAAUAAAGUUAAAAAGAAUUGAACGAAAAAAACAAAUGACACCACAACAAAGAACAAUAAAAACUAAAAAAAGAACAAAAAGAGCAAAGAAAUUGGUAAAUAAAAAUACACAGGAGUACGAAAUUGCAAAAGGGUGGACAAUUGGAUUAUUGAAUGCUGUUCUAAAUUAUCACAAAAUUCAGCAGCAUCGAAAUCCAUAUCCACAAAAUCGUAAAUGGAUAAUUAAAUUUAAAAAUAAAGAUGAAACAGAAUGUGCAAAAGAGAAACUGGGGGAAUCUCCAUUCAGUGCUGGAGUUAAACUAGAAAAAUCAACUAAACGCGCAGAGUUUAACCAGUCGGUAAAUUCACCGUACGAAUUCCAAGACGUGCUAUGA